AUGGUGUUUUUCGAAACGCUGGUUUUGGUGCAUGGAAGAUUUCCCGCUGCGGAGACGAAGCUUCUGAUGAAGGAAGCCUCCCGUGUGAUCGUGGAGCGGGACGGAGCCCUGUUCAGAAUUCUUGACCUUGGCUGGCGGCACACGGCCCGACCUCUCCACAAGAAGGGUGUUGGUCACAUCUUCUAUGGCCGGUGGUACUCCCUGAUCUGGGGUGGAAGCCCAAAGUUGAAGCAAGAAGUUGAGGACACGUUUGUCCACAACACCGGAGUGGUUAGGCAGAAGACAGUGCGAAUAGA